AGGAUCAUGGCGGAUGGCCCCAGGUGUAAGCGCAGGAAGCAGGCGAACCCGAGGCGCAAUAACGUCACCAAUUAUAGUAACGUGGUAGAAGCAAACUCAGAUUCAGACGAUGAAGAUAAAUUGCAUAUAGUGGAAGAAGAAAGUGUAACUGAUGCAGCAGACUGUGAUGCUAGUGUGCCAGAAGAUGACUUGCCAACAGACCAUACAGUAUUACCAGAAAACAGCGAAAGAGAAGGGAGUACAAACAGUUGCUGGGAAGAUGAAGCUGGAAAAGAAACAAAGGAAAUCCUGGGGCCUGAAGCUCAGACAGAUGAAGUUGGAUGUACAGUAAAAGAAGAUGAAUGUGAUUCUGAUGCAGAAAAUGAACAAAACCAUGACCCUAAUGUUGAAGAAUUCCUUCAACAAGAAGAUACAGCUGUUAUCUAUCCUGAAGCACCUGAGGAGGACCAGAGACAAGGCACGCCAGAAGCUAGUGGUCAGGAUGAAAAUGGAACACCUGAUGCAUUUUCCCAACUGCUUACUUGCCCAUAUUGUGAUCGAGGGUACAAGCGUUUUACCUCUCUGAAGGAACACAUUAAAUAUCGCCAUGAAAAAAAUGAAGAUAACUUUAGUUGCUCCUUGUGCAGUUACACGUUUGCGUACAGAACACAGCUCGACCGCCACAUGACAUCACACAAAUCAGGAAGAGAUCAAAGACAUGUGACGCAGUCCAGUGGUAAUCGAAAAUUCAAGUGCACUGAAUGUGGAAAAGCUUUUAAAUAUAAACAUCACCUAAAGGAGCACCUACGAAUCCACAGUGGAGAGAAGCCAUAUGAGUGCCCAAACUGCAAGAAACGUUUUUCCCAUUCUGGUUCAUACAGUUCACACAUAAGCAGUAAGAAGUGUAUUGGUUUGAUGCCCGUGAAUGGUCGAGCCCGGUCAGGGCUCAAGACGUCUCAGUGCUCCUCCCCUUCCCUUUCUGCAUCACCAGGUAGCCCAGCAAGACCACAGAUACGACAAAAGAUAGAAAACAAACCCUUGCAAGAGCAGCUUCCUGUUAACCAAAUUAAAACUGAACCUGUGGAUUAUGAAUUCAAGCCCAUAGUGGUUGCUUCAGGAAUUAAUUGUUCGACCCCUUUGCAGAAUGGGGUUUUUAGUGGUGGUAGCCCAUUGCAGGCAACCAGUUCUCCUCAGGGUGUGGUGCAAGCUGUUGUUCUACCAACAGUAGGUCUGGUGUCUCCCAUAAGCAUCAACUUAAGUGACAUUCAAAAUGUACUUAAAGUGGCAGUGGAUGGUAACGUAAUAAGGCAAGUAUUGGAGAACAAUCAUGCCAAUCUUGCGUCCAAAGAACAAGAAACAAUCAGCAAUGCAUCUAUACAACAAGCUGGCCAUUCCCUCAUUUCAGCUAUCAGUCUUCCUUUGGUUGACCAAGAUGGGACAACCAAAAUUAUCAUCAACUACAGCUUGGAGCAGCCAAGUCAACUUCAGGUUGUUCCACAAAAUCUAAAAAAAGAAAACUCUGUUCCUACAAAUAGUUGCAAAAAUGAAAAAUUACCAGAAGAUCUUACAGUGAAGUCUGAGAAAGAUAAGAACUUUGAAGGAGAGACCAAUGAUAGCACUUGUCUUCUUUGUGAUGACUGUCCAGGAGAUCUUAAUGCACUUCAAGAAUUAAAGCACUAUGAAACAAAAAAUCCUCCUCAGCUUCCUCAGCCCAGUGGAACAGAAGCUGAGAAGCCCGACUCCCCUGUCCCAUCAGAAACUGGGGAGAACAACUUAUCUCCUGGUCAGCCACCUUUAAAGAACCUUUUAUCGCUCCUAAAAGCUUAUUAUGCAUUAAAUGCACAACCGAGCGCAGAAGAGCUUUCAAAAAUAGCAGAUUCAGUAAACCUACCACUGGAUGUGGUAAAAAAGUGGUUUGAAAAAAUGCAAGCUGGACAAAUUUCUGUGCAGUCUUCUGGACCAUCUUCUCCUGAACAAGUUAAAUUAAGCAGUCCCGCAGAUAAUGAUGAUCAAGCAACAACUACAAAUGUAAGCGAACCUCAGAACAGCACAAAUAACUCACAAAAUCCUGUCAAUACAACAAAAUCUCAGACUUUACCAGGGGGAUCAACUCUGAAUGGUUCACGCAGCAGCACGCCAUCCCCAUCGCCACUAAACCUUUCUUCAUCAAGAAAUUCACAGGGUUAUACGUACACAGCAGAGGGUGUACAAGAAGAGCCACAAAUUGAACCUCUUGACCUUUCGCUACCAAAGCAACAUGGAGAACUAUUGGAAAGAUCUACCAUAACUAGUGUUUACCAGAACAGUGUUUAUUCUGUCCAAGAAGAACCUUUGAACUUAACUUGUGCAAAAAAAGAACCACAAAAGGACAUCAGUAUUACAGACUCUGAUCCUAUUGUAAAUGUAAUCCCACCAAGUGCCAAUCCCAUAAAUAUUGCUAUACCUACAGUCACUGCCCAGUUACCUACAAUUGUUGCCAUUGCUGACCAGAACAGUGUUCCAUGCUUGAGAGCUCUCGCUGCCAAUAAGCAAACCAUUUUGAUUCCACAGGUGGCUUACACAUACUCUACUACAGUUAGUCCUGCAGUUCAAGAAACACCACCAAAACAGACCCAAGCCAAUGGAAAUCAGGAUGAAAGGCAAGACACUAGCUCAGAAGGAGUAUCGAAUGUAGAAGAUCAAAAUGAUUCUGAUUCAACACCCCCAAAGAAAAAGAUGAGAAAGACAGAAAACGGGAUGUAUGCAUGUGAUUUAUGUGACAAAAUAUUCCAGAAGAGCAGCUCGUUAUUGAGACAUAAGUAUGAACACACAGGUAAAAGACCUCAUGAGUGUGGAAUCUGUAAAAAAGCAUUUAAACACAAACACCAUUUGAUCGAACACAUGCGACUGCAUUCUGGGGAAAAACCCUACCAAUGUGACAAAUGUGGAAAGCGGUUUUCACACUCGGGGUCUUACUCUCAACACAUGAAUCAUCGCUACUCUUACUGCAAAAGAGAGGCAGAAGAGCGUGACAGCACAGAACAGGAGGAGACAGGCCAGGAGGUCCUCAGUAACGAGCAUGCUGGUGCCAGGGCAUCUCCAUCGCAGAUCGACUCGGAUGAGAGAGAGAGUCUAACCAGGGAAGAAGAGGAAGACAGUGAAAAAGAGGAAGAGGAGGAGGAAGAAAAAGAGAUAGAAGGACUUCAGGAAGAAAAAGAAUGUAGGAAACUACAAGAAGUAGAGGAUGAAGAAGAAGAAGAAGAAGGGAAAACUGAAGGUAACAAGAAUGAAGAGGCUGUAAAUCAAGCAAGCAAUGCAGAAACAGAAGUUAUACAGAAUAAUGGGCAGGUGUCGGAAGAAAAAAACAAAUAAAGCUUAAAUGAUAGUUUUUUCUAUAAGGAAAAAAAAUUGGUAAUGAAGGUCGUUCUAUAUUAUACAUGCUUUUCAUGGAAACGCAGUAGCCUGCAUACUGUGAUUUCUGUUCACUACUGUGUAAAAAAAUAUAUAUGUAAAAAAAAGAAAAAGAAAAAAAAAAAAGAAAUCCAGGUGUGCCUGAACCUCAAACUUAGUAAUUUUUCACACAGUUUUCAA